AUGUCAAACUCGAAGAAAAAGCGGCGGCCAAAGGUUGCGCCACGGUAUACUCGUGAUCGAGAUGAAGACGCUGGCAAAUACGCAGACGAGAACCGCGUGGUUACUAGUCAACAAGUAAAAUUAGUGCGCGGUAUAUUUACACGCACCACGUGCCGCUGUUUCGUGCUGAAGUCGUUCAGUGAAGCUAAUAUUCACAAAAGCCUCAAGUUUGGCAUAUGGAGCACAACGACGUUGCACAGUGCUCUGCUAAACCAAGUUUAUGAUAGCGACACGUGUGCAAACCUGUCGGUCUUGCUCUUCUUUAGUGUGUGUGGUACCAAACACUUUAACGGCGUUGCUCGAAUGACGUCGAAAGUGCGGACAGACGCACACUUUCAGCUGUGGGAGAAGCUCAAGUACGAGGGAUUCUUUCAUGUCGAGUGGCUACUGGUCAAAGAUGUGCCCAACUACGUUCUAACUGGAGUCAAGAUGAGUAACACGCCGACCAAAAAGUCUAUCACGUCAUGUCGAGAUUGUGAAGAAGUACCACCGAAAGAGGCUAAUGAGUUUUUGACCAUUUUUCCCGAGUAUAAAAGUCGCUCCAGCGCUUUGGACGAUUUUGCGCAUUAUGACCAGCUUCAGGUAGAGAUUGAACAGAAACGGCGACUAGCGUUUGCUGAUGGGGUCGACAAGACAGAUGUGAACUUGUAUCUCGUACCGGUUCAACAAGAACCGCUAGGGUCAACAUAA